AUGCCUUACAAUACCCGUCGCAAAUCACUCUCCCUCCCUUCGCUAGGCAUCCAUCUCCCUAACUCUUCGCGCCGCUCUCUCUCCAUUUCAAAAGGCUCAACCGAUGACCAUCCGCCAUCCAAAAAAGUUAAGCGGUCGCAUCACUCAUUAUCGCCCGAGCCCAGGGAGUCCGCUGUGCGCGCUGGUCGACACGGGGCUCUCGAGCACACCCCGCCUCCCUCGCCUCUGGAUGCCCGCGCCGCGCCCAAAAUCGACACCGAAGGCAUUAAUGAUGAUAUCGUGGUCGCUGUGAUCGACCAGUUGGAGAAGACUGGGAAUCGCCCCCAUCUGGUCAAGGAAUUGGCCGCCGUUCUCGUUGCCCUAAAUGCGAAUGUCGCCAAUUCCGCCAAUCCCGCUGCCCUCCUUUCCUCCCGGCUGGCAGCAUAUAUGAAGCGUUCUUGGACGGCUCUUGCGCCGUGCCCUAUCGCCAAGGAGCUUGUCUUAAUUCAUCCUCGCAAAGUGUAUUAUUAUCUGACGACCUUCCCUCGUCAGCCUAUUCCGGAAUCAUCAGACGAUCUGGUUUUGGGCAUCGACGGCAAGCACAUCACCCCGAGUGUGUCGAGUCUCGACGAGGACGAGGAAGACGCGAUCCGGGAGCGCAGCCCCAGUCCCGAAGUGGACCUGUCUUCGCCCGACUUUGAGCAGAACGAGGACGAUCUGGAUAGUCCCGCAGGUCGGGGAACCUCUAUGGACCAGUUUCCCGACUCUUCCAGCCACAGCCGCCUGAUGCAUUCUAAUCGCGCGGCAUCUCCGCCCCUGGAGGGGGACGAGAAGGAGUUUACUCAGACCGCCAGUGCGGUGCGCGAGCGUGCCUCGGAGGAAAAAGCCCAAUCGGAGCGUGCCAUUUCCGUUCUCUCCGAAAGCCUUAGCAACAUAGACGAGGAUAUGAGCAGCGCCGACUCCUCCGUGAACAAUGGCUCUGUGUCUCCCGCACCCCCUAUGACGGAAGAAGAGUACAGUGAUUACUUCUCACACAUGAAUCCUGCGGAGGGUUCCCAGGACUUGGAUGAGGCCGCUGCCGCCACCCUCUUUGGCACAUCCCCUUCGCCCUCCCUCACCUCGGUUGCAUCGUCGGUCUCGUCUGGCACGAGCGUUAUCGAUGCCACGGAUGAGGGGCGGACUGUUACUCUUCCGGUUGUCCCACAGAUCAGUCUUCCGACAGACCCGGAUGCCGCUCCCGUCUCAACUCUGAAGCGAUCUCUUGAUAUGUUGAACAGUGGUCUUCCGGACGUCGACCUGAAGAUGUCUGAUCUGACCGAAUCUCACGAAAAGCUCACCCUGGGCCCUCGUGCCUUCGGCAACCUGAACCACGAGCCCAAUUUUGACUCCUGGAGAGAGUUGCAGAACCCGGAGUCCGUGGAGGUUGAUGAGCUCGAUGAGAUGUUUGGCGAAAUCUAA